AUGGCACAACAUCUCCCAGCAGAGCUCAUCAAUCUGAUCAUGGAAUUUUGUGAUCAGUAUGAAAUUAUUCACUUUACAGCGGUCUGUAGAUGUUGGCAUGAAUGCAUAGAGGUGAGACAGUUAAAGUUUAGCUCCAGAUUAAUGAUCGAUCGGUGGAUGGAAUGCAGACGAUGGUUUAAUACAUGUUUAUCAUCAUCACAUUCAUUGGUGUGUGGUUAUACAUCAAAUAGAGUUGGAGUAGCUUUACAAAAAAUUACAAAACCUUUUGAAAAUUUGAAAAUUGUAAAAUUAUAUGGACAGGAGCUACCUUCCCAAGAGAGAUUAAAUUCUGAAGGUGUUGCUGCAUUAUUUAACUGUGGAGCUUUUGAGAAUGUGGAAGAAUGGCACUUGGAAUCACAAAAUAUUAGAUCAACAUCUUUUCUGAAAGGUCAUGAAAAAAAGAUUAGAGUGUUGAACUUAAAUGACAAUGAUAUUGAAAUGUUAGAGUUGGAAUAUUUUACAAAAUUAAAGGAAUUACAUUUGAGAUGCAACAAUUUACAUUCACCUUCCAUCAUUCAACAAAUAUCGGAAUGUAAAUCACAAUUGACAUGUUUGGAUUUAUCAAUGAAUAGCUUUAGUUUGCAGCAUGUUGAAUUAAUAGCAGCCAAUGAAACCUUGAAUCACAGUUUGAGAAAGUUAAAUCUUUCUGGAAGUGAAUUUUCUGGUCCAGUUUUGAAAUUACUAAGCAGAUUUACAAAUCUUACUCACCUCACCUUAAAGUGGAUGUAUUGCACUAAUCCAACUGAUGUUAAUCUCUCCAGUGAUGUUGCAAAAUUCGUUGCAUGUUUGGCCAAAUUAACAAGUUUGAACUUUGCCAACAACAAAACAAUGCUAACCAGAAUUUUGAAAGCAAUAUCCAAUAGCUCUUCAAUGAAGAAUUUGACCUAUUUGAAUUUGAGUUCUUCAGGAGUGAAGGAAGAGGACCUAAUAGAGAUUUCGAGGUAUCAAUUCACUUGCCAAAAGUCAAAAUAUGACAAAUCUGACCUAUCUGGAUGUAUCUUGUAA